UGUAUCUUGUACUUUGUAUUGAAGUUUUCGGCAUGUUUUUAUAUAUUUCGUUGUAUCAUUAAGAAUUAAGUUUAAAUUCUAAUUUAUGGUGCAAUUAAGACUUAUUUUGUAUGAUUUAGUAUAUUUUUAGGUAGCUAUAGCCUUAUGGACGCUAAGUUUUUCCCUUGCGCUUUUUUUCUAGGCAUACUGAUGAUAUAUUCUUAAUGAAGUCUGUUAAAGGUAGUUUUCACCAUAUUUUUGAAGCAGAUCCAUAUGCUAGGAUGAACUGAACUGAACUAAGCUUUGCCUUUGACUUUUUGAUCAUUUUCUGGUUGUCCUGGUGAACAUAGAGACACUUAAAAUGUUUUAAUUGGAUUCUGGUACAAGCUCGCUGCCUUGCUCCUCACCGAGAGACAUACCAUUUGUCCAAAAGUAUCAAGCAUUGGACGUAAAGUGGACAACCUAUUCGGUACUGAAACAAUAUAUGUAGCAUGUAUGAAGCUGAAUCAUGCUUAUAACACUGAAGAACAGAGUAACUUCAAUAAAGCAAGUUUUACAAAGCGAUGGACCAACUAUUACAGAAAAGGUAAGAGCUUUGGCUGGAAAACCCAACAUAGACGGGGUGUGCUAUAGUGGCUAUGUCAUCAACAACUUCAGGUUCCACACGAUGAGUCAUGAGUCAGGGCAUGUCACACAAAAUAGUGGUGUAGUGAACAUUGCAGAAAAUGGUGUUAGACAUUAUGGCAGAUUAAGUGGCAUCUUUGAAUUGUCAUACAAUGAUUACAAGGUGGUGUUCUUUAAUUGUGAUUGGUAUGAUGUCUACCAUGAAGUUGGCAUUCAAACAGAUGAGUUUGGGUUCACUCUUGUGAACAAGUCUGGGAAAAUACACACAGGGGAUGAGCUAGAAGAUGAUCCUUUUGUAUUUUCCUCCCAAGUGCAGCAGAUUUUCUUUGUUCAAGAUCCAAAAGCUGAACUAUGGAAUGUAGUAGUGGAAGUCAGGCCUCAUGAUCUUUUUGACAUGGGUGCUGAAGAAUCAUUGGAUGAAACAGAUUAGAGCAUUGUGAUUUUGGUUCAGGCUGAAGUAUGGUGGAAGCUCUUUGCUCGUGUGGUUCUUUGCAUGCAACUACAAUUUUAGUUAUGGUUUCAGUAGCACAAAGUCAGAAUGCUUUAUUAUAGUUUAUGGUUGUAUUUUUUGUACUAAUUUAGGGCACAGCCCAAGUGUACUUGGUUGUUAAUUGCAAGUUGAUUCUGCAGAAUUUCUGUUCUGGAAAGUGAAGUAUCACCUUUGGUUUAUUGAUUAUUCCCACAUGUUACAGUUA